AUGUUCCGGCCGCCGAAUGCCUUUGGGGUGCCGCCCCCCGUUCCUCGGCAGCCUCAACCAUGGCAGUGGCAGCAACCGCCCCCGCCCCCGCCUUCGCCUGCGGUUACCUUUUGGCAGCGCGACAAUGUGCGGGAUCACGUGAGGAAGCUGCAACAGACCAUCGAGUUAUCAACUGCACUGAUAAAAGAGCUCGAGGAACUUGCAGCGGCCAGAAAUUCUGGUGAUGCCGCCAUGCAAGAAUCUGCUUCGUCUUCGGCGGAAUUGCUGCCAGGGUCUGGUGAUUCUUCAGAGGACAAGCCCCUCCGUUUUGUUGAGGACAAGCCCCUCCGUUUUGUUGAGCUAGCUAGGUCCAUGGGGAUUAGUCAGGACACUCAUGAGUCGAUGGCAACCGAUGCAGCCAAUUACCUUUGUCAUCAGCUUCAGCAUCUUCUUGGGCCUAUCUCUUCCGUGACUAGCAAAAGUGGCCCUUGGGAGGAGAGAUCAGCGAUGGCUAGGUUGACUCAGAAGCUGCAGAAAUAUAAGAGAAAUAAGCGGUGGAGGCAGAGGAGGAGGAAGCAUGUCGCAGAGCUUUUUCAGAAGGAGCGCGCAGAUUAUGAUAGAAUUGAUCAGGAAGCUGAUGAAUGGAGGGCUAAGCAAAUAGCCAAGGACAUUGCAAAGCGGAAGGUGGAAAGCAUGCAGCAGAUUGCUAGAAAGAAAGCAAAUGAGGAAAGAAAGCGUCUAGAAUCUGAGCUGGAGCUUGCCUUAAUGGUCGAGAAACUCCAGGAGCUUCGGUCUAUAAGAAUUCAAAAAAUGAAGAAACAAGGUCAUUUUCUUCCUGAAGAGGAUGAUAAAUACCUCGAGCGUGUUAAGGCUGCAGUCGAGGAAGAGGAGCGCCAAGCUGCAUCUGCUGCUCGAACUGAUGCUGUUAAGGAUGCUAUUCUGACUGCUGAGGAAUCAAGGAAGCCUCCACAGAAUGCCAAUUCUCAAGAAGGUGGUUCUGAACAACCUAGUGGACCAUCUGAAGACAAGGACCUGGGAGAUGGCGGGAUAAAUGAGAGAAAUGACCAGGCAAGCCAGAAAACUGAGCAUGAAGAUGAAGGCCAUAGAUUUGAGGGAAAAGGGCAUGAACAUCAUGACCCUGUAAGCAGUCUGCCUUUUGAGUUCUACCAUUAUUAUCAUGGAAGUAGCUAUGACAUGGGGACACUCAUUGAGGUCCGUAGAAUGUGGGAUUCGUUCAUCAGACCUGGAGGAAGCCGUAUACCUGGGCACUUGGUUCAACCACCCCCUCCAGCUGAUGAGGUUUGGGCAUCUUAUUUGGUGCAACCCAAGUAA